UCAUACACCAGAGUGGUACUCUCCGUAAUUAUUCCCAACACCACGCCCUAUUUCUCCCCAUUUCAACAAAUAUCGAAGCGUUUACACUCGCUGUUUCUCGCUCUCUCACUCGUUUUACGUUUCUUCUCCUCCUCCUUCAUCCUCUCUGUUCCGUACACUCGCCUGAGAAGAGAACCGCCACCACCAUCUCUCGCCGCAGUUAUUAAUACGACAUCGUUGGACUCUGCUGCGCGAAUCGCCGGCUUUGAAGAUCCUAAGCAGCGGUUUCACGCUGUCGGGCUAGCAUUCAUCUCUUCAUUCCCGAUGCGCCGCCACCAACACUACUCCGCAUCGACGCCCUGACGGAUGGGUUGUCUUCUCAGCACAUCCGCUACCGAACACCGCCCUACCCACGAUGGAGAAAACCGCAGACGUCGCCGCAGCACCGAGGAUAUUCCCGUCACGGACGGCGUCCCCACCGUUAGGGCCAGGGAGGACGCUGCCGAGAAAGGUAGGCAGAAUAAGACGAGAUACACCGGCGAAUUCCCGGCGCCAGAUCGCCGGAAGCCUCGCCAGGACCUUUUCCUGAAAAAUGAGCAAGGCUGGCCGACCUGGCUCGUUGAGUUCGCCGGCGACGCCAUCAAGGAUUGGACUCCUCGCCGCGCCAACACAUUCGAGAAGCUCGCCAAGAUCGGGCAAGGGACUUAUAGCAAUGUAUAUAAAGCAAAGGAUCUAAUAACUGGGAAAAUAGUUGCUCUGAAGAAGGUUAGGUUCGAUAAUUUAGAGCCUGAAAGUAUAAGAUUCAUGGCCAGAGAGAUUCUUGUUCUGCGCCGCCUUGAUCACCCCAAUGUGGUUAAGCUCGAAGGCUUGGUCACUUCAAGAAUGUCUUGUAGUCUUUACUUGGUUUUCGAGUACAUGGAACACGAUCUCGCUGGGCUCGCAGCUUGCCAAGGAGUAAAGUUCACUGAACCACAGGUCAAGUGCUAUAUGAAGCAGUUGCUGUCUGGGCUUGAGCAUUGCCACAGCCGAGGUGUUUUACACCGUGACAUCAAGGGUUCCAAUCUGCUAAUUGACAAUGAAGGAGUUUUAAAAAUUGCAGAUUUUGGACUGGCUACCUUUUAUGAACCUGGGCAGAAACAACCUAUGACUAGUCGAGUUGUCACGCUAUGGUACCGCCCCCCCGAACUUCUUCUUGGGGCUACAUUCUAUGGGAUUGGUGUGGACCUUUGGAGUGCUGGCUGCAUCUUGGCGGAGUUGCUUUCUGGAAAGCCAAUCAUGCCAGGACGGACGGAGGUGGAACAACUGCAUAAGAUAUUUAAAUUAUGCGGCUCACCAUCUGAAGAAUAUUGGAGGAAAUAUAGGCUGCCAAAUGCAACACUUUUUAAGCCGCAACAGCCGUACAAACGUUGUGUUGCAGAAACUUUCAAGGACUUUCCACCUUCUUCUCUACCUCUGAUAGAAUCUCUUCUUUCAAUAGACCCUGGUGAACGAGGCACUGCCACAGCCGCUCUAAAUAGUGAGUUCUUUACCACUGAACCUUAUGCUUGUGAGGCAUCAAGCUUACCGAAGUAUCCACCAAGCAAAGAAUUGGAUGUGAAAUUAAGAGAUGAAGAAGCUAGAAGGCAAAGAGGUCUAAGUGGGAAAGCUAAUGCUGUUGAUGGUGUGAGAAGAGUUAGAGCUCGUGAGCGUGUUGGUCGGGCAGUUCCAGCUCCAGAAGCCAAUGCAGAGAUUCAAGGAAACUUAGAUAGGUGGAGAAUUGUGACACAAGCAAAUGCCAAGAGCAAGAGUGAGAAAUUCCCACCUCCCCAUCAAGAUGGAGCGGUUGGACAUCAACUAGAUCCAUCACGUAAAGGCCCCGUAUCGUUUGGUGCACCUGAUGUUUCUUUUGGCUCAUCAAUGUUUAAUUCAAAGUCAUCAGGAUCUGUCAGAAGUAUUGGGGCUGGUGGGGGACCUUCUAGGAGGAAAACCAGUAAAGACGACCCCCAUAGAGCUUCAUCACAUAAGUUUAUCCGUGCAUUCAAGCCAUCCUCCAUAGGGCUCUCAAUGGAUCUAAUAAUGAAGUCAAAGAAAUCAGUUGCUGAGGUUUCCGGCAGCUGAAAGGAGGUGAAGUACAAAUUUUUGGAAUUAGGGUUUUCUGUCAAGCUGAGUCUUGGUUUUGGAAUGUCUUUGUCUUCAUCAUUGUUCCCAUUUUUUUUUGCUCUUAAAUCGUUAUAAGCCUUCUGGCGUAUAAUCCGCACAACAGCAAUCCCAGAAUUUGUAUAUUCAGGCAAAAAAGAAACACGAAAAAAGAAGAAGAGAGAAUCCCACUUCUGCUGUACAGGUUUUGGAAGCAAGUGCUACCUCUGUUAGAAUUUGAAAAUGGUAUUUCUCAUGUUUUAUUUAUUCAUCGAAUCGUAAUGCAUCCAUACCAUAAAAAAACGCAAAACAAGUAAAACCACCGCCGGGGGGAAGGGGAAGACUUGAGUUCAUGGUAUGCGAGGUCAGCUGGCUGGUGUGAACGUGAAGGAGAGAGGAGGAGGGAUGCAAAGAAAACGAGGGAGGAGUAGGUUUAGCGGGGUCCAAAGCUCGUUUUCACCAAUUCGCAUGGUAAAAAAUUAAUCAUUUUAUUCUACAAACCACUUCAAAUCAAAAAGUCAUUGCAAUCAGCAUUAUAAUUCGCUUCCCAUUGAUUAUUUAGUUCCACGCUGGAUUCAUUCGGACAAUUUGGAUCAGUGGAUCCCACCUAUGAGUUGGAUAGAUAUAUUCUGCUAAAAGCUAUGCAAAAUAAUUGGCCAUUUGAAUCGUGCCUUCCUCGCAACUUCCUUCUCUCGUUACCAAGCCCCCCCUUAGCAGACUGCACUUUCAUGGCUGCUUGCCAUCCCACCACGACUCCUCCCUUCUUUCCCCUCGCCUCCUACUCGGAUGCUCCAUUUUUUGGUCAGCAAGUCGUUCUUCAGCUUCUUCUACACGUGCUUAGCCUCCGUUUGGAAGUUCGAUGUGUUGUCAUUUGCACGAUAUCUAGCUCUCCCGCCACUUUUCGAAAGCUGGCUGGUGCUAUCUUUUGCUAAGAAGUAGCUUCUGUCCACAUAGCCUAUCCAAUAAUGCAAAAGGAGGGGGGUUCGAGACACUUUCUAUUGCAAAGUCUUGUCACAAUAAAUGUUUGUUGAGAGACCCUACCCCCUACCCCUCUCUCUCUUAUAUUUCCUUUUCUCUAGUAUUAUAUUUCCAUAUAUUGAACAUUAAUUCGCGUGAAUGCAUUGACCACACUUUCAAUAGAUAUUCGUUUUCCCUUCAGGAGCAAAUUCAAAUAAAACUUCUUCACCCUAACAUCAUCCAUCGAGUCAAUUUCUUCAGCUAUAAGUAUUUGAACGGGGAUUUUUCUUUCCAUUUGUUUGUUUGUGCAAGUAGAAGAGAGACAGAGAAAAAGAAGACAUCGAAAACAAACAAACAUUUUAUGCAAAUCACCUCGGGCAAAAAAAAAAAAGGUGUCCAUAAGUAAUUUGGAAUGUGAAAGGCUAAUUGCCAAACUUUGACACAGUCAAGUCAAGUGAAAGCAAUGGGACUACUUGGACAGCGAAGGCUGGAAACUGCUGGGAAACAAACCAUAUAUUGUGUAUAUAUAUAGUGUUAAUUCAUACAUGUUUUUCCCAAAGGCAAAAUGAAGCUGCUGAUUGGGUUCAAACAAUACCACCUCCUCAGUUUUUUGGUCUUUGGUACCCUUCUUCUUCCUUGGAGCAUGUCUACAGUGGGCGAUAAGGUGGUGACGGUCAACGCACGACCAUGGAAAGCCCCGCCUCCACCAACACGAUUUCGUCCGCCUCCACCUCAAUUCAAAAUACCAAGGUCUCCGCCUCCACCCCCCAACGGUCCCAGGGGUCCGAUUCCGUAGCCAGUCAUUUCCUGUAUUUGGAUGCACAAAACAUUCAGUAUUAAAUAUGUAGUAUUGCGAUCCAUGAAUAUUCUACAUCUCAAUGUGGUACUGCUAGCUCCUUACCAUAUGAAUAAAUUAUUUGGAAGCCUGAUCAAUGCAUGCAUGCUUCUGAAAGCUUACGUCUUGUAGAUCAGUUGGAUCAACCAAAUAAUAGACCGCCUUUUAAUGUUUUGAAGUA